AAAACAAAAAACAAAAAAAAACAAAUGAAUUAUAAAUAGAUUACUGGGUCGCGUACUCCAAUUCCUCAACCAAACGUCUUUUCCCCCGUUCUUGAGAUAGAGAGAGGGAGAGAGAUGGCAGUAAAUCGGAGCAAGAAAAUGGUGCUCGGCCGGCUACUGCCGCCGGUGCUCCUGCUGCUUCUUCUGUUUAUGGCGGCGCAAUCAACGGAGGCCCGUCGUCAACUUCCCCGAAUUGGUGGGGCAUCUCCUCCGCCGCCAACUAUAUUCUCCCCGGCGUCUCGACCACCGCCACCGUAUUGGACAAUCGCCCCGCCGUAUCCUGCUCGGGGAAGCGUGUCUCCGCCUGGAAGGAAAGGAUGAAGCUAGCGACAAAUUACGAGCAAGAAAAAGACGACAGUCAAUGAAGAAGAAAGAGUACUCGAUCGCCUGGCCUUAGUGAUUUGUUUGUGUACUUUAUUAACGUAAUGGAGACUUCGAACCAAUAUAAUAAGUUGUUGAGAAAUGUACGGUUGUUUAUUCAUGUAAUAAUAAUUGGUGAUUAUUCAUACAAAUAAUAAUGGUUGUUCA